CUUUACCGUUGAACAGUUCUUUACGAGGUUUCGGCAAUGUCGGACGUAUCGACGUCGAGUUUUGUUAAAGCGUACGUUCAGUAAAGUGACGCUCGCAUGUGUAACUGACGCAUUUGCGUUAUCGGAAGGUGCUCUCUCUUUGACCAAGAUUCGAUAUAGAUGACAUAUUCUUUACUCCUGAUCGGUGCUCUACAUGAAUAUCGCGUGGCAAACGAAAAUGGAAUGGAAGAAUGAAUCGGCGACGAUACGUCAAACUUCUACGUAAUCGUGUGAAUUUUAUCGUCGACAGGAUAUCCGGAAAAAUGAUACAACUGUUCUGAGAUCAAUCUUUGUCUUGAAAGAAGUGGAUUUGCCAAGAGACGAGACGAAAGAAAGAGCAGCGCGAAAAGAAGAAAAUAAUUAAUUAUCGAAAAUUCGCAAUGACGGACUGUGCUUCCACGAAUUGUUCGCCGUCACGAUCUUCCUUGAGUUGCUGUCAAAUUGACAAUACGAGUCGAGACGACGUACAAGACGUCGCGAUUGUUACCGACACUCUUCCUCCUUCGACUUAUAUUCUAAAGGAAAAACAUUCCUUUCCAAGGAGACCAGAAAUCGAUUUGAUCUUCAAGGAAAUACGAUUUCGCGUAAAGCAAUGGAAUCUUCGAAACUUCCGUCUGAAAGACAAAGAGAUUUUACAUGGCGUUAGCGGCGAGUUCAGAGCUGGCGAGUUGGUCGCCAUCAUGGGACCAUCAGGAGCUGGAAAAUCGACUCUAUUAAACGUGCUGGCUGGCUAUACUCUAAAAGGUAUGAGCGGCGAGGUUCUUGUAAAUGGGAAAGUUCGAGUACCGCAUAGCGAAAGAUGGAGAAGAACAUCGUGUUACAUACAACAAGACUCAUUGGUCCGAGGAAGAAUGACUGUUGGUGAAGCAAUGACCAUGGCAGCCCACUUGAAGUUGGGCUAUACUAUCAGUUCGGCUUACAAACACACUCAAGUUUUGAAUCUUUUGGAAAUGCUGGGUUUGAGUUAUUGCUACGACACACUAUGCGGAAGAUUAUCCGGUGGUCAAAAGAAACGGCUUGACGUCGCACUUGAGUUACUCAGCAAUCCAUCAGUAUUAUUUCUUGAUGAACCCACAACUGGUUUAGAUUCAAUGUCCUGUAGUCAAUGCAUAGCUCUGUUGAAAAGACUCGCUAGAAUGGAAAGGCGUACUAUCAUUUGUACGAUACAUCAACCGAGCGCGUUACUUUUCGAAAUGUUUGACUCGCUUUACGCGCUCGCCGAUGGUUGCUGUAUAUACAAGGGUCCGAUUCACGCUUUAUUACCACAUUUUUCAUCGAUUGGGAUCAACUGUCCAGCUUACCACAAUCCUGCGGACUUUCUUAUUGAAGUUGCAAUCGGAGAGUACGGAAUAUCAGUUGAUAAAUUAACUGCAGCUGUUGAAAGUAUAUGGAGCAAGGAAACGCCACUUACACCAAAGCCAAUAAAAGAUUCGAUCGAAGAUGACAUGGUUAAGGAACCAUCACCCCCGGCUGGUUUUCUAACGCAGUGCUAUCUCCUUUACAAAAGACAACUAUUAUGUCUGAAAAGAGAUUACACGCUAUUGAUGGUGCGAUUACUUUGUCAUUUGCUAAUCGGUAUUAUAUUUGGCUACCUCUAUAUGGGAAGUGGUUAUCGUGCUAAUGGUGUCCUUGCUAAUUACGUUUACUUAUACGGUUCGUUACUUUUGAUCGUUUACACUGGCAAAAUGGCGGUGACUCUUGCAUUCCCUUUGGAAAUGAAAAUUCUCACAAGAGAACACUUCAAUAGGUGGUACAAAUUGGCACCUUACUACGUCAGUUUGUUACUCGUUGAAAUACCGUUUCAAGCAGCGUGCGCUGGGACUUAUCUGGCAAUCAGUUAUUGGUUAACGGGACAACCCGUAGAAACUCAUCGUAUUAUUUCUUUUAUGGUAGUUAGCAUAGCUGCAACUUUAACAGCUCAAGCUUGGGGAUUCUUUAUCGGUGCGACUACGCCAGUUAAGAUCGCAGUGUUCCUCGGACCCAUCAUCGCAGUACUCUUCUCGGUAUUUGGAUUUUGCGCGACGUACUUGGACACACCUCGCGGCUUUCGUUGGUUAUUCUACAUAUCCUAUUUUCGCGCUAGUUUCCAUAGUCUUCUUUAUACAGUUUAUGGAUUCGACCGGAUGGAUCUCAAAUGCGAUGAGUUUUAUUGUCAUUACAAGAAACCAACGAAAUUCUUAAAUGAAAUGGACAUCAACGAUACAAACGUGAUAAAUAAUUUGAUAUUGAUCAUUGGUAUAGGAGUACUUAUGCAUUUGCUAACAGCUAGUGCACUUUGGUGUAAACUUAACAGAAGGUAGAAUUUUACGUAUACAAUCGCAUCGCUGAGGAAAGCGAUUCAGUAUUUAUUCAGCGAGUACUAUUCAGUCGGCGAUUCUUCUACUUUGAAGCUUCUUCUGCCUUUAGUUACUUGCUUUAAAUACAUGUAUACUACGUGUAUUCUACAUAGUAUAUACUUGUACUGUGCGUAUAUUGUUUGCGGAUGCAUCUAUGAUGCAAACUGUUCACCAAUAAACACACUAGCUCUUCGUAAGUUAUCACUAAACUCUGAUAUCUGAUGGGUUUUAAAUACGAUAAGUAUAAAUCUUUCAAAAUUUCAUUCGCCAGCAUUCUUACCAUUAGCAAUUAUCUAUUGUUGAAUCUCAAUUUUCGAUGGCAACAUAUUUUAAUAUUAUUUUAUUAUUAUUAUGUUAAUAUAAUGGAAUAUAAUUAUU